CCAUAAUUCUCCCUCUCCAAUGCGCCAAAAUACCUUCAUCCGCAGCGCACAGCGUACAGCUCUCGCAAAAUGUCUUCAUCCACUCAGCCGAUGCCAGUAGUUGCCUGCGGCAGAAUACCCGCAAUGGGGAAAUCAAUCUCCCAGCAUCUGCUGCCUGAAUAUGAAGUCAUCCACUUUAUCCUGUCAUAUGAGACUGCAGAGGCUGAGCUCCCGCAUCUGCUUGCAGGUCGCGAUCCUCAGUCUCGGAGCCCUAAUGAGAUUGGAUCCCACGAUUACAGCCGGUCCCCUGGCGCGGUAAUCUUCGGUCGCGGCUAUGACCCUCAGCAGGUUGAAGAGCUUAAGAAUAAAUGCGCGGGUGUUGCCAAAGAACCUGUUGCUUGGGUGAGGGGGAACCCAGCGGACUUGCCUGCCGGGGCCGCUGGGCCUGACUAUGCUCAGAACAUCGCGGCGGAUAUGAAGAAGGUGCUUAUGAGAUGGAGGGACGGAGGAGGAAAAGAUGAGGAUAUUUUAGUGUACUAGUUGCUUUGUCGGGGAGAAGUUAGGGCUACUGGAUUCAAGAAUCAAAAAUCUGAUUUGAAGGUUCAGGCGAAUUCAAUUCUACCAUGACUGGAAUUCAUAUACCUUUCAAUGAGCAGAAUU